AUGAAAUUACACCAUCUCACUCCUGCAUCCACCACCCGAACCUUCGCCGGCGCCGUGCUGCCGCCGCAAGUCGCGCCCGCUUGGCCCUCUAUUUAUCGUCAUCCAUCAUGGCUCCAGUCGACAGGUCCAAUUUGUCUCGGUCGGGCGCCGCGCCAGAAAACUCGACCUCGGCGGAUGGCAUCGUUGUGUUCAUUCCUGCCGCACUCAAGCGGCCGUCCCACACAUUAUACUGCAUCUGCGUCAAGGUCGACGAGACUCCACACGGCGGCGGGUGUGCAGAAUGGUCGGUGAACAGGCGGUAUUCGCAGUUCCUCGAGCUGCGCAGACAAAUCUUGCUGUUUCUCCAGCUCUCGCAGACGUGUCCGGGAUGCCAGAGCAUGGCUCGCGCUGUCGGGUCGUUCCCGUUCCCCCCCAAAGCUUUCUUCCGCACCAACAAGCUUGUCCGGCAGCGAACAAAAGAUCUCCAGUCGUUCGUCGAGAUUGUCAUCGCACGCACAUUCUCCACAGCGCCAAAGUGCGUCACAUGCGGCAGCGGGAUCAUGCAUCUCGUCUGGCCAUUCUUCAACCGCGGCGCGCAGUACAUCUCGCGACCAUCGACCCUCCAUCGCCCGCUUCCAAAAUCUAUGGCCGGUUGCAUCUCGCCGUCGUCGAAAUCCCAUGCCAAGAAAAAACACGAAGCUGCAUCCGACUGCUCGACUACCGCUUCAGUCCAAGACAUGCACUAUUCUGAAGUUCACAAUCGCACAACACAUCGGAUAAACGGUCCAUCCGCAUCCAUGGACGAUAGCAACACAUCCGGCGGCGACCCGAUCUUCCUCACCUGCCGGUCAGACAAGUCGUCGGGGUCCACUGACUCGAGUUUGGUCCAGCUUCAGUAUCGCAGCCUCAAGCAAGAAAAAGCAGUGUUCCUCAUGCGCACGAUGUCGACACCCGAGCCAAACACUGCGGCAACAGCAGCACCGUUUCACAUGUCGUACCUGGACGGCGCCAUGAAGUGCACAGAUCCCAGGACAUCCGUCACCAAUGUUGAGGAAGCACUCAACGAAGUGAUCAUCGCGGAUGGCCAUGCCAAUACAAAGGAAGAAAAGAUGUACCGCUUGAGCACCAUGUGGGAAGCGUUCGAGCUCGAGGAUAUCCAGCGGGAGCUCGCGUCGACCAGGGCUGUUUAGGCUCGAUCAUCGAAGAAGCUGAAAACUCAAAUUUUUUACGUUGAAAAUGCAAAGAAUUUGACAUCCGAACGUUGUUUCUCCGACUUUCGAUGGUGACGGGUGAAAUACACGCCGUGUCAAAUUUUGCCAAGCGUUGAAAAAAAAACGAUUUUUUGAAUGUCAUUCCAAAAAUUGAU